AUGGGGUCGUUGGGCACAUAUUUCCUCGAUGUCGUCUACUCGUUUACAAACUGCAUGGUUUGCUUUCCAAGCUCGCCGCAACUCAAGAUAAACAGUCGUAGCUUCAAAAUACUGCGAUUGCUGGGCGAGGGAGGCUUCUCAUAUGUAUACUUGGUGCAAGACAAUUCAAAUCAGCAACUCCUCGCGCUCAAGAAGAUUCGAUGUCCCUUUGGUCAAGAGAGUGUUAGCCUCGCGCUCAAGGAGGUCGAAGCCUACUCGCUCUUCGCACCACAUCCAAACAUCAUACACUCGAUCGACUACUCAGUUGAGAACGACAAGUCAGACGCAUCCGCAAAGACAGUCUACAUCCUCCUUCCCUAUUACCGCCGGGGCAACCUGCAAGACAUGAUCAACGCGAAUCUCGUAAACCACACAAAGUUCCCAGAACGCAGGCUGAUGGUCUUAUUCCUCGGCGUGUGCAAAGCGCUCAAGGCUAUGCACCAGUACAAAGUCAAGGAUGGCCCGGGUGGCGCACAAAGCGAAGGGAAGGCAAAGAAGGUACGGCGAGACGCGAAGAGAGCAGAUGCGGAGGCGGCGGAAAGCAUGGAAAUGCGACCCAGCAGACGGCACCACGCGCAAGACGACGACGACGAGCAAGAAGCAGAAGGUCUACUAGAAGAUUCAGCAGUGACAGCCGCGCACGAGGGCAUCGCGCCUGGAGGAAGUCGCGCGUACGCCCAUCGCGACAUCAAGCCCGGAAACAUUAUGAUCGACGACGACGGCAAAAGUCCCAUCCUCAUGGAUCUCGGAUCCCUCGCUCCCUCCCCCAUAGCCAUAACCUCGCGCUCCCUCGCCCUUCAAGUCCAAGACACAGCCGCCGAACACUCGACAAUGCCCUACCGCGCGCCCGAACUCUUCGACGUGAAAACCGGCUCGGUGAUUGACACAAAAGUAGACAUCUGGUCGCUAGGCUGCACACUGUACGCCUGUCUCGUGGGCAAGAGUCCCUUUGAGGCGCGCUCAGAUGAGACGGGUGGCAGUCUGAGUAUCUGUGUGCUUGGUGGUGACUGGAGAUUUCCGGAUGAGGGUGUGCAGCGCGGGAAGCAGAAGCAGAACGCAGAGGAUGCUAUCACGGAGAGCGUCAAGGAGGUGGUGAGGAAGUGUUUGCGUUUGGAGCCUAGUGAGCGACCAGAUGUGGAUGAGCUGAUAGCAAUAGUGGAGGAGGUGUUGCAGACGCUGCCGGAGGAUGGGUCGGAUGAUUAG